UCAUGCGGCAUAUGUGGACCAGCAUGUGUAAUUGCUCUGGAAUUGCCCGCAGAGUAUGGGGAGGGUUUGUUCUUGACUCGGAGUUGUGAAUCAAGCGCCGCACUGGGUGUACGAGUCGGUCCGGAGUGAAUGAUUCCGUGCAGUCGGGCUGAGGUCUGAGCCACUUGCUAGGAGAGCAGUCAGUUGAGAUCUAACUGCGACUUUAGAGGGUAGGUUGGCCACGAACCGUGGUGGAUAUCGUCGUCUUGGCUAGUAAUACUUUCUGGGCAUAAGGGAAGAGUCCUGAUUUUGGCGGUUAAUAUCUAGCUAAACGUGCAACGGUAGUGUCGCGAUAUUAAUUAAUCCGGCUCGAAUCGAACAGUGAUUUUACUUGCUCGGUGCCGGAGUAAGGUGCGCUCUUGCGAGGAUCAUAAGUGCCCGCGAAUCCCAUGGGAAGUGCAAGUUGAGACCUAUGCGUUGCAAUUAACCCUCUGUCAAGCUGUGAUAAUUACGUCGACGGAAAAUGCGGCUGUAGCCCAUAUAGUGGAUAUUAAUUGCGGCAACAGGUGGAUUAUAACUCGGCCCCGUUCUGCGUGGUGUAGUGUUCAAUAUGAGUGUGCGCGAAAAACACCGGAAGGGUGAAUUCAUUUCACCCUUGACGUACUAUCAACAAGUGUUGUUGGCUACUCUGUGCCUCAUUUCUCUGCUGCUUCGUUCCGGUUCGUGCUUUGAGAGUGCAUUAGUUUCUUCGGCUGAAAAGGGUGGCGAGGAUCGAUCAACAGAGACGGUUGUAACGGACCAUAUAACAGAGGCAUGCUUGGCUAACUGUCCUGAUGAGAAUCGCACCAACUCGGAGCAUCUGAAUGUUGGCUGUGGAAAGGAUUGUUAUGUGAAACAGUGCAAUUGGGGAUGUAAACUGUGGGAACAAGCAUUGGAGACGUCUUGUCAAAUUGUUUGCAAUAGAAGCAGCGAUGAGAAUAUGGAACCGAAGGAAAUGUACUGCGUUAUGGGGUGUAAUGAUGCUCAAAGUCGAUAUUUCAGAUGGCUUCGAACUGAAGUUGGUAUUCCACGUGCCCCAGCGUUGGUUCCAGACACGUUGAAUGCUACUUCAUUGACAUUGGAGUGGGAGAUCCCACCGAAACUUAUAGACCUGACACUAGGUAGGUCGUUCGUUCCCAAAAGUUACCUAGUCCAAUGGCGUUACGAGGAAGUGGAUGGAGAUUGGAAAUUUUGCAGAAAUCAAAGUAUGGGACGGAAUUCGACAGUUCGAGUGGAUAAUUUGCAGCCAUAUACGAGAUAUCGAUUUCGAGUAGCAUUGCCGUUAUCCCGAAAAGAGGAUGAAGUUCUUAUAUCGGAGCAGAGUGUAAUCAUCACCACUUUACCACAGGGUCCACCAAAGUCAAAACCUUUAAUUGUAAGAGCUGUUGCCGUUGAUCAUACCACGAUAUCAGUUUCAUGGGAACCCGGACCAUUUCCCAAUGGUCCAAUUUUGUCAUAUUCGCUGAGGAUCAAAGAUUUAUCACUUACCGGGGAAGAUGGUGUUUUCAAGGAUAUACCUGUCACGGAGAAUACCGUGAAUUCCUACAUGUUUUCUAAGUUGCUGCCGUUUCGAAAUUAUUCGAUUUAUGUGUCAAUGUUGAAUGCGGAAGGAGAAGGCCCUGCGGCGGAAACUACUUUGAGCACACCGAAUGAACCGACCGUGAAAGAUAAUGAACCAGAACCUACGCUAAUUCUAGGAUCUGAAUAUUCCAUUUUAUCACAAGGCGCAGAUAUUUUGUCGGAACCCCAAAAGGUAUUUUAUCGGAGCGAGCAUCGGAUUGUAGGAGUCGCUAUUCACGUUGCCAAGCAAUUAGUCUUUGUUGCAGAGGAGAAUGGUUAUGUCUUCAGGGCUGUAAUAGAUGGAGUUGGAAGUAAAGAAGCAAUUUUGUCUCCGCAGUCGGAUCAAAACUUCAAACCCGUCGGCUUGUCUCUAGAUUGGCUCAACGAUCAUGUUUACAUACUUGGUGAAGUGAAUCACAGGGAAAUCUCGUAUCAAAUAUCACGUUGUGAUUUAGAUGGUAGAGGUCUGACAACUGCAAUUGCUGGUCUACAAAAAAAGCCUAAUCAUAUUCAAGUGGAUCCCUACAAUGGGUAUCUUUUUUGGAUUAUUAGUGGCUAUCAUUCGGAUACUGGCUUGUUCCGUCUGGAUCUUCGUGAUAUCUCCAACGGUGUUAAGCAUAACGUUACACCUGAUAAACUGAUUGAGGGCAACAAUUUGGGAGCAUUCGUGGUCGAUUAUGCAAAAUUUCGAGUGUUAGUUCCUCUACAGGAUAAUAACACUGUUAUCGCUGUUAACCUGGACGGUUAUGACAAAGAAGAUAUUCGAAACAACACACAAAGUCCAAAGUUAAACGUUGUGAAAUCAUUGGCUAUGGCCAAUGGGAUAUUCUAUUGGACGAACGGGAGUGAUCUAUUCAUGGAAGACCACCAUGCCGAAGAGAACUACUAUUAUCAUAAUGCCUAUCCAGGCCUUUCGAAUGGGACCUUCGUAGCAGUUUGUGUGAACUUACCUUCGGUUCAGCCCGUGCCAGUUCCUGUUAACCCACCACGGCACCUUCAAGCGCUUCUUAGUGCCGAUAAAGCGAAAAUUUCUUGGAGAAGUCCGCAUCUACUUGGAAUCCAAGGGAAGGGAGCGUGGCAAGAAUGGAGCUACGCACUAGAGAUUCUAGAAAAUAACAGUUUGCUGGUGAGCAGAACUAACGAGAUAAAAGGAACAUUCUUCACCGUGGAUAAAUUAAAACCAAACACGAAUUAUACCUUUCGAGCAGCAGCUUAUACUUCGGCAGGAAGAGGCCCAUGGAGUACAGAAUUUUACGCGAAAACCUUGAAAUCCUCGCAUGAUCGUUAUUUGAUUUGGUCUUCAAAAGAUGGACUAUUACAGAGUGAUGUGCUUGGCGAACAUAUCCAUCCGUUGAUUCCCAGAUCGAAGCUGGGCGACCAUGAAAUUACGGAUAUGGCUUGGUACGACGAUGUCCUAUAUUUCGUGAGCAAUUCUACGUUGAGAUAUUAUAAUCGUACAAGCGGACUUCUAGCUCGAUUUUUAGAACUAGAGUCUGUUGAGAGCAUUGGCAUUGACUGGAUUGGGAAAAGAAUUUAUUGGUCUAAUCCUACAUUGCAAUCGAUUGCCCGAGCUACAUUGAAUGGCAGAGACCAAGAAACAUUGCCGACGAUAGCGGUAGCACGCGAACUGAAAAUAGAUUCUCUUCAUGGACAUAUUUACUACUCAUCGGGAAACAUGGUGGAAGUUUGUCAACUGCAUGGAAAAGGCAGACGCGUUUAUUUCAAGAUCAGGCCUUUUACGGGGAAACAAGUGAUGGGUCUAACGCUGGAUCUAGACAAUGAACGAAUCUUUUGGAUCGUUCGGAGUUUCGAAAGAUCAAGUUUAUUUAGUGCCCCCAUGGCAAACAACUUUAUAUCGGACUUAGAUGUUAUUGAAACCACCCUCGAGGAAAGAUCUUUGAACGGCCCUCUAACACAUUUCAGUGGUAGACUUCUGUGGCUUCAAGAUGAUCAUACUGUUAUAGUGGGAGAUACAAGUGGAAAAAAUUUAGCUAGAAUUAAAAAUACGCGACUGAAUGGUCUACGGUCUGUGUCUGUAAUCGACCCAACUCAUCAUGUGUAUCCAAAUGUGAGCAAGGAGUUAAACGUUAUUCCAGAGCAAAUAAAGAAUGAAUCAAUAAGAAUCAUUGGAAACUGGACUGCAUUCGAUAUAGUGUGGGAUCCAGUUGAAACAGUUACAUACGGUGAUGUAUUCUAUGAGUUGAAAAUUCAUAGUGACCAAUUGGGAGAAGUGGAUACGAAAAAGGAACUAAACACGUCGCUGUACCAUUACACAAAGCAUAAUUUAGCGCCAUACUCACCAUUGGAAAUUACGAUUCGAGCGUUCACUUAUUGGGGAUCUUGCAAGAAUACGAUUGUGAAACUUUUCAGUCCGGCUGCCGCUCCGUCUAUGCCGACUAAGACGAGAGUUUUCGUUAACCACCUUUAUUGGCCAUUGCAAAAUGGUUUAAACAUUACAGCGACAGUCAGAUGGAAUCCUCCAUUGAAUCCGAAUGGGCCAUUGGACCGAUAUUUCUACUUUUACUGUUCAUCAUCUGGGGAACGUUAUGAUGACCAGAACUGUAAGGAAAGUGGAACGGAUUCAUCGAAAGAACUUCAAGCAGUGAUAGCGAAUUUAAGCAAGAACGAAAACUAUUUGUUUCAAGUCCGGGCAACCACAGAAGUUGGAAGUAGUGCUAAGACGCAUCCAUUUUACAUUAAAACCACUCAAGAAAAUCCGUUGCCCUUAAUCUUAGUCGCAACUUCUGAAAGCAUAUUGGAGUACGAUAUGGACCUGAAUGUGAGUUCAAUUAAAAUUCGAACGGGGAGUCCCGCCAAAUUUCUCGCACAUAUUCAACACGAAGAAUUGAUUUUCUGGGUAAAUGAAAACCUUGAACUGAUGUCUUAUAAUGGUCUUAAGAAAGUAAGAUCUAAGCUCGUAACAAUGUCGGGUGAAGUUCUGGCACUAGCCAUUGAUUGGAUUCAGCGAAUCAUCUAUUGGAGUGAGUUAGAACAGGAUGGCAGCAGUUCAAUUUAUCAACUAGACCUCAAUAGAAAUGAAGAACUACAUACACCCGUGAAAGUUUUGAGUCGCAAAGCAAUCAUAAAAGAUCUGAUAGUGCUACCAAUGAAUCAUACGCUCUUCUGGCUAGAAUUACCCAAUGUAGACUCAAACAUGGGAGAGAUAGUAAAAUAUAAUUCGAAUACAAAGUCUGAAGAAGAUUUUGAUUUGAUAAAAUCGGACUGUCUUAAUUCAACAUUUCAGAGAAUAAUUUUAGAUACAGCCAGUUUUUCUGAAGAUAAGCUGAUCCUGGUGAAUAACAAUGGGAAACUUUUCCAGUAUGGAUUGAUUUCAGAAUCUUGCGUUUUGUUGAAAGUUCGUUACGACAAUACUACUGAGCUUAUUGUCAAAGAUAGCGGCCAUAUUUACCUGCUGAGAAAUCAAUCUAUUUCAAUGUACAAUUAUAAACAAGUGCUGCAGCUGUCGAUAUAUGUCCCAAAAGUAUAUCAGAUGUUAGCUUAUUAUCAUCAAAGCUACCCCAAAGUGGAAUGCCUGAUCCCAGCUGACGAAGCCUCAACCAUCGAUUACAUUCCGGAAUUGGUACAGAAGUCAAACCAGUCCUUUUUGUUGAAACUUCCUGAAUUGGAAUCUCAAUGCGUAAGCGUGAAGCUCCCUGGUGUGAGAUAUGUGGUCACGUAUUCAGAAUUAGGAAAUGUGAAUUUAAAUGACUGUGAUCCUUCGCUGUGCAAAGUAAUGAUUUCGUAUGACUCGCUUACCCGAAUUGAACAUUUGAAGCCUUAUACCAAAUAUCAAGUUAAGGUGAGAGUGAACAAUUACUAUGCAGAGCAGAAGAAACUUGCAGCGAAAGAGGGCCAAGUAGCUAUCUUCUCUACAGCACCUGGUUCGCCUUCUCCCCCGAGAAAUAUUACUGCAGAGCCAAUCAGCCCAACAGAGGCGAUAGUUCAGUGGCUUCCUCCGCUACAAUUUAAUUCAGAUUCGGUGUCUUAUGAAGUUCAUUGGCGGACAGAAAAUCCAAUCACCCGAGUUCACAAUAGACAGCAACGACUUGUGACUAGUGAAGAAAACACUGCAAACAAUUCUACUGAUCUAAUUUCAAUAAACUUGACUAAAUUAUUGCCCAGUCAAACAUACAGCAUUUGGAUACAGGCCUACUCUACUCCGGAAACGUUCAGUAGCAGUCCCGUCGUUCAAAUCGACACGUUUUCUGAACCCGGCAACAUAACUGUCGAAGAAUCGGGACCGUACAGUUUGAAAUUGAGAUGGAAGGGCAACCGAAAUAUAACUAGAUACGUAAUGGAAUGCACGACAUUAGCAAACACCGAUUACCAAAUCAUAGUAGAUUCGAACUUUGAUGAACGCCCUGAAUUUGAGAGAGAAAUAUUCAUCGUUCAGAACCUGGAACCAAAGACAAGCUACAAAUUCUUCUUUCGACUGUAUUAUGCUAAGCGAGAUAUUGCUUACUUCUGGCCUACAGAUAAUAGAUUCACUUUCGAAACACAAGGGCACGUUCCGAGUGCACCAGGAAAACCGAAGAUUCACCACGUUAGUGGAGAUGUCUAUAAAGUUACCUGGGAUCCUUCCAAGGAGAAUGGUGCUCCAAUCGAAUUGUACAGCCUGGAGGCCUUAAUAACGCGGAUUUCGAAUCGAGUAGUCCGAUCAGCUAAGGAAUAUGAAGACUACGAAAAACCGGCAGUACCUUUACUUGAACCAUCAGCUUUUGCAAAUUUCUCACCAACCGUCCUUCAGAGCGAUAUACCCUCAGUGGAUGAACCUGAAGCUUUUGAGGAAAAGUGGGUGGUUUACUAUAACGGAACCGAUACUUACUGGAUCGUGAAAGACUUGCAACCAAUCAAUUUCUAUAUUUUCCGCGUAAAAUCGAAGAACUCGUAUGGUUGGGGGCCAUACAGUGCUAUUAGUGAGCAAGUUAGUGAAUAUGUAUCACCCAAACGAAGAGAUUCUCUGCUUGCAGCUAUAUUUGCUCCAGUUGUAAUUGUCGGCUCGUGUAUAGUGUUGUUAUCAUGUGUGAUAUUUUUUUUCAAACAUCGAUCGGCUAAUAAGAAAAUUGCCAAUGGAACUACUUCUGCUUUGUCUGACGUCGAACUGGCAAACCUGAGAGAACUUCCAAGAGGUGGAAACUUCAUUCACACUACAAACAUAUUAUAUAUGCCCGGACCACUAACAGAUGCAGAUGUUGCUCUUCUCCCGCAAAUUCGAAGAGAUCAGAUUACAAUGUCUAACUUAUUGGGGAGCGGUGCAUUUGGCGAAGUUUAUGAAGGAUGUGUGAAGAAUGUGAACAAUGUGGUCGAAACGAAAGUUGCUAUUAAGACCCUUCGUAAAGGCGCUUCAGAGCAGGAAAAAGGGGAGUUUUUACAGGAAGCUCAAUUGAUGAGCAAUUUCAAACACGAACACAUCCUUCGAUUAAUCGGAGUCUGUUUUGAUGCUGACUCGCUUUAUAUAAUCAUGGAAUUAAUGCAAGGAGGAGAUUUGUUAAGUUAUUUAAGGCAGUCAAGACCCACAUUGGAAAUACCAUCGUCUUUGACUCUUCUUGAUUUGAUAUCUAUGUGUGUAGACGUUGCGUCUGGUUGCAAAUAUUUAGAGGAAAUGCAUUUCGUCCAUCGUGAUUUGGCGUGCCGAAACUGCCUCGUUUCAUCAGUUGAUCCCCAAUAUAGAGUGGUUAAAAUCGGAGACUUCGGUUUGGCUCGGGACAUAUACAAAAAUGACUAUUACAGAAAAGAGGGAGAAGGUUUACUACCUGUUCGUUGGAUGUCGCCUGAGAGCCUUGUUGACGGCGUGUUUACAUCCCAAUCGGAUAUCUGGGCGUUCGGAGUUCUUUGUUGGGAAAUUAUGACACUCGGUCAACGUCCGUACCCGGCGCGAAAUAAUAUUGAAGUUUUGCAGUACGUACGCGAUGGUGGAAGGCUUGAUAGACCUGCUGAUUGCCCAGAUGAACUGUAUCAAUUAAUGUUGGAGUGUUGGAGUUACUCUCCGGAUAAGCGACCAGCGUUCAGUUAUUGCUUGGAAGUAUUGCAAUGUUUGCAGGAUCACACCAGCGAUAAUAUUCAAAUAAUGAUGGCGAAUUCAAAUCGAAUAGCGAGCGGCGGCAUUUUUAAUCCAUCGUACAUGGGAUCAGAUUUUAAUCACAAUCAUUCUACAGGAACAUUGAAAUUCAUCAAUCGAGAAGUCAAUGAGCCUCCAACGAUAAUAACGCCUGCUUCAUCCACCACCAGUACUGUGAUCCCGAAGUAUCUGGAACUCCUCUACGAGGAAAAUGAUGACCAACGAUCCAUCAAUAUAAUCGGUGAUGGGUACGAAGUACCUAUUUCCGGUCUUGAAAAGGAACGCACCUUCUCGAAUUCUUCCACUGUGAGUCGAUCCAGCUCGCCGAAUUUAGUCAGUAGUUUAGGAAAGUUUAAUUCAAUGAAUGCUAUUUUGUCAGUAGCUCUACCGCCAGACGGAGAAGAUCGACCUAUUAAUAAAUCUAGUACUUUAGGGAAAGAGAGUAGAAAUUUGAUAGCCAAUGACGCAAAACCAUUUUAUUCAAAUACUCAACUAGAUUCAAGGAAAAAUGAGCUAUCACGAACAGCUAUGUAAAAUAUGUCAUUUUUGCUGGGAUUAUUAAGUUUGAUCGAAAGUGAUUUACUUGUCAAUGUUUACGAGAAAAGGGUGUUAGCCCUCAUGUUCCUGAUAAGAACAUGUUUACUUCUCAAGCUUCAUUUAGUUAUGAGAAGAAGGAGUUGCCUCUUUUAAAUUAUUGUAAAGUUUAUACUUGAUAGUUUUUAGAUUAGAGUUGCUUAAGCGACUUGUAUAAUUUUAUCAUUGUCUCAUACUAAGUUGAAUCCGACUGAGCCUUGCCAAAGAUUAAGUCUUUUACUCAUUAAAACGAAUAAAGUAUCUGUUUAAGUUUUAACCGAAUGGAAACAAAUUUUUAAAAAAAAGAUUGUAAAAGACACUCGGAUCGAGUUGCAAAACUCGAUUUUUGUUCUGUUCCACUGGAUUUUAUCCAAUGGGCAAUUAAAGACUAUAAUGCCUUUGGGAAAAGACUAAAGAAUGUGUUACUUGUAAAUAAGAAUGAAAGGAAACCUUGAUUGAUAUUGUUCGUAGAGUUGUAGAAUUGUAAAGCAAGUAAAGAUAAUUGUACCUUUACAUUCAUUAUAAUAGCAAACAAAUGUAUAGCCUGAUAGAAGGUUAGAUUAGUCGUGUUAACUUAUAACGUACGAAAAACGCCCUUAUAUUAAAGGUGUGAAUAGGUACUACUUAGCAGCUAUAUUCGAUAAAGACGAACUGUUUAAUGUUUUAUGUAAUAAACGUUUUAAGAAAACCUA